ACUCGACAGACCGCCAUCUUUCUUUAUAGCAAGUUAGUAGGGCAAAACAAUAACCACUUUCGAAUGAUUAUUUCUCUAAAACAGGCCCGCUGAAGCAACUCCAUUUGGUCAGUUAUUAUCAAUAACACGUUUAAAGAGGUGCAGGUGGAACGGACUUCCAGAUAUUGUACACAUAUCAGCCAUAAGACACAUCACUUUGGUGUAAGCGUUCGACUAGUGGAGGUGGUCAACAUGGGCCGCUCUCGGAGCCGCAGCUCGUCUCGGUCCAAACACUCCAAAAGCAGCAAGCACAGUAAGAAACGGAGCCGGUCUCGGUCGCGGUCCAGAGACAGGGAGAGGUCAAAGAAACGGUCCAAGUCCCGAGAAUCGAAAAGAAGCCGGCGCAGAGAAUCUCGUUCCCGGUCUCGAUCCACCACAACUUCGUCCCGCAGAGAAAGAGCAGCUUCGCCACCGGAGCGCAUCGACAUCUUCGGCAGGACACUGAGCAAGAGAAAUGCCCUGGACGAGAAGCAGAGGAAAGAAGAGGAGGAAAGAAAGGCAGAGAUGGAGAGACAAAGGAAAAUUCGGCAGCAGGAGAUCGAGGAGAAGCUGAUCGAGGAGGAGACGGCGCGGCGAGUGGAGGAGCUGGUGGCCAAGCGGGUCGAGGAGGAGCUGGAGAAGAGGAAGGACGAGAUCGAGAGGGAGGUGCUGCGGCGCGUCGAGGAGGCGAAGCGCAUCAUGGAGCGGCAGCUUCUAGAGGAGCUGGAGAGGCAGCGGCAGGCCGAGCUGGCGGCGCAGAAGGCCAGAGAGGAGGAAGAAAAAUCUAAGCGGGAGGAGCUGGAAAAAAUCCUGGAGGAGAAUAACCGCAAGAUCGCCGAGGCUCAGGCCAAGCUGGCUGAGGAGCAGUUGCGUAUUGUUGAGGAGCAGAGAAAGAUUCACGAGGAGCGCAUGAAGCUGGAGCAGGACCGUCAGAGGCAGCAGAAGGAGGAGCAGAAAAUGAUCCUCGGCAAGGGCAAGUCCAGGCCCAAGCUCUCCUUCUCCCUCAAGGCUACCGAAUGAGACUGCUCCCCCUCCAUCCACACGUCCUGCUCUGCCUUCACACCCCCCCCAAUCCAGCUCUCCCUCCUUCAUCGUUGACCCCCCCCCUCUCCCGUCCUCUAUGGAACGCUCGCUUCGUUUUGGAAGUGCUGAAGGAAGGCCAAGUCAAAGGGACGCACACCAGUGUGUUAACUUUACUCGCCCCCCCCCCCCUGUGAAGGCCCUUGUCCCUUUCUGGCUUUGAAGAGGAGGCAGCUCUUCGCCCUCAAAGGACCUGACUGCUCCCUCCAUCCUUCUCAUCCCUACCGCACAGAUGACUUGUUUGCUUUUUUUUUUUUUUUCCCCUCUCUCGGUUUUAUUUUAAUUUUUAGGGAACUUGAACUUUUGAUGUAGAAUGCUAUAACAUGUCCUUCACCCCCCCCCCCCCCCCCAAGUCUUAACUCUGGUGUAACGGCGAGCGACUGUGCACCUGUGCUCUUCUUACAUGUCUUUACAGCCAGCAAACUACAAUAGAUCGCCCAGUCCCCUGAUAUAGAAGAGUUAUUGUCUAGUUUGUCUUGUUCAGCUUACUGUAAAAGCUCAUGUGCAGCCUGGGAGUUGUCAUGUGGUUUUCCUGUUCUUAUUUCUUUUUGUUAUUAUUAUUAUUAUUAUUUUUUUUUAUACUAAGGUUCCUAAAGAUGGCUGACGCCGUGGUAACAAAUCACAGCACAGCCUUUUAAAAGCACACUUCACUUCCCCAUCCAGCCGACAGGUUCGUCGUGUCUUCCACCUUACUUCCUGUGCCCGUUUCGCUCUCUGCUCACCAUGUAAAAUCUCCAGCUCCUUUUUGGAUUUUCGCUUCAUCUCUGUCUCUGUCGUGGACGCCAUACGUGAUUUGUUCCCACGUGACAUUAGAAACACGGUGUCCAGAGAGCUUCUGCAGGUUUUGAAGUGGCUGCAGUGCGAGCGAUCUCAGCCUUCGACUUCCCAAGCUGCACAUGACCCCCCCCCCCCCCGAACCACAAACCCCUCAACAGGAUACGUGUCUCGUCUACGCGAUAAGGGGGGGGGCUUGUGGGUAAAUGGACGACAGAGGACUUUUCCUGUAUGAUGUAAUGUUAUUAGCCUUGCUGUGAUGUGCUGACUCCCACUACUCCCCCCUCCUCCCGGCUCUCCCAAGUUAAGAUUGUGUUAUGAAAUUGAUCCACAGUUACACAACAACAAAAAAAAAUAACAACAAAAAACAAAAAAACAAAAAAAAAGUUACAGUAAAAGGUAAAAACUUGAGCUUUGUUUUAUCAGACUCUUUGGAAAGACGGCGAAUUGCACGAAAAACUCCCCGACCACAUACUUGAUGUUCUGUCCCUGAGGUUUUUUUUGUUGUAGUAAAGUGACUUGGCAAUGCGCCUCACUUGGUAAGUCUUGAUUCGUAGUGGAUGGACAAGUUCAGGUAAGAUUAAGGUUUGAGGUUAGUGUGAGUGUGUGCGAGUGAAUGAGCAGGUGUGUGUGUGUGCGUGGUUGUGACUUGACACUGACCUCAGGUGGGUAUGAUGACUUUUUUUUUUUUUUUUGUUCUGUUGUGGGAUUUUGAAUUUGUCAUGUAAUUUUCCCCAGUUGUCAAGGGACUGAACAGAUCAGUAAAUCCAUUGAAUGCC